AUCCAACAUUCAACUGAAUUUAGGUUAAUCAUAUCAUAAUUAUUGUUUAUUAUUCACCGAAGACCGAAGACUCCGAAGAGGUAUUACCAGGCCUAACAGGGUUAAGUUACUCUUUGGUGUGUAUGAAUAUACGCAAUGGAAUAAGAAAAUGAUACAUAAAUUCUUAUAAUUUACGUCUAUAUUGGAUAUCGAAUGUAACAACUCGAUUUAAGGAAAAUUAUGUGAAGACAUUUUUUAUUUAAUUUUUAAUAAAAGUUAUUAUUCCUUCAAUAGAAAAAAAUGGCUUUCAUUUCUAAAACUGCACAAAAAAUACGUAACAAUUGGAAAAAAUCCACUUUUGCAGCUUUAGUUUUAACCUAUGGGUAUAGUUGGACCAAAGAUUAUGUUCAAACUCAGGAAUUAAUGAGAGUGUACUGUGAAAAAGCCUCUCAUUUUGGUAGGCAAACAAUUCCAGGCAAUAGGACACCAAGAACUAUUACUGUUAUUCUCAAUCCAAAUGCUAAUAAAAAAAAUGCAGUUGAUGAAUUCGAAAAAUAUUGUGCACCAAUUUUUCAUUUGGCAGGUAUCUUAGUAAAUGUAUUAAAAACAGAUUCUGAGGGCCAUGCAAGAAAGUUGGUCGAAGAUUUAAACAACACAGAUGCUAUAAUUGUAGCUGGUGGAGAUGGUACUUUAUGUGAAGUGGUGACAGGUCUCCUCAGAAGAACUGGAGAAAGUAACAAUGGUCUUGUUCCUAUAGCUAUAUUACCUCUCGGUAGAAAUAAUACUCUUGCAACAAGUUUAUUUCCUGAACAAAAUCAUCUGAAAAAAGUGAAGUCUUUAGUAGAUGCCUCCAUGGCAGUUGUAGAAGAAUCCACAAAAUUGGUUGAUGUAAUGAAAGUAGAAAUUAGUGGAAAUGAAACUGAAGGAGAUUCAAAACCAAUUUAUGCAUUGAGUAAUUUGAAAUGGGGAGCAUAUAGAGAUGCAGAAGUUUCUAAAGAUAAAUAUUGGUAUUACGGACCUCUUAGGCAAUAUGCAACAUAUAUAUUUAAUGGAUUGAAAGAUAGUUUGACAUGGAAGAUCAAUGCAGAUUUAGUUUAUUCCCCUCCCUGUGAAGGAUGUAUGAAUUGCAUGACAAAAAAGGAAAAUCAUUCUAAUCAAAAAUGGUUUCAAAGAUUUUCAGUGGAAAAAAAUCAAAACAAUAAAUAUGCAAGAAUUGUGAACCCAGAAUGUGGUACUCGUCAUGAAAAAAAUAUAGAAACUUCUGAUUUGGUUAUUUCUACAUGUAACAUAUCGGCUACUGAUAAUCAUAUUCCCAAAUUGCAUUUAAAAAUCGGGCCUAAAUCUUUGAACUAUUUCGAUUUUGUGAAACAAGGUUGGAAUUCAGAAGAGGGUUAUGAAAGAAAGUUUGAAGAAGAUGUGAAUGCCAGGGUACUGGAGAUUAAACCUCAUGAAACAUGGAGUGACAAAAAGGGUUUGUGGUUUUCUAUAGAUAAUGAUGAGUUUGAAGUUAAGCCUAUCAAGAUAACUUUAGUACCUAGGUUCAUUAAAAUGUUUUGUAAAAUAGAAAAACAAUAAAAUGAUUUUUAUGCA